UUUCAUUUAAUGAUCUGAAUGAUCUACUCUUUUUUUCGAGCAUUUGUUCAUUUGUUCCAAAACAAAAAGUCUACCGACUAUGAGAGCCAUGAGCAGGAUUCCGUGCCAGCAGAGCACUCAAUCGAUUAUUGUCUCCCUUGGAGCAGGUCUCUGCAGAAACACUCAAGGGUCAAAAGUCAUUGCUAGGAGUAGAAUCAAUCCGAUUGUAAGAACGCCCGAUCGACCAUGUUUCUUUUCUACUUCACAACGGUCGACGGCCAGGAAAAAAAAGGACCAAGAUUCUUCAGUUGAUGCUGCCAAAAUUGAUAGUAUCUCAAAGGCACUUAUCAACGACCUGUAUACACGCCCAUCGUCAGUAAAGGCCAAGGUUACACUAGAGGAUGUCAUGGCACUCAAACCUCUUAAUCCAAAGAUUUCAGUCGAGGAGUUCAACAAACUCAAGGAUCGUGUGGCUGCUUCCUUUAAUGUCUCACAACUCAAGGGCGUCCUCCGCAGCAAAAAUAUGCCUUCUGGAGGGAAAAAAUCCGUCUUGAUCAACCAAAUCAUGGUCCUAAUGGAUCUGGAUGUCCUUGCUCCAGAACCCGGACCACCUGUGGUUGAAGAGCCAUUCCCCAACGACCCAACUGUCCAGAGAGAAUAUCCGUCCAGCAAACAAGAGCUUUUUUUCAUCCUCGGAACUGAAGGCGACUCUUUAAGGCAACUGGAAAAGGAGAAGAAUGUUCGGAUAUCUAUUAAUAUUGCAGAUGAGACAUACGUCAUCCGAGGAGUACCGCAUUUGAUCGAGGAAGCUCAGGAGCGUAUUCGGGAAUUGGUUGCCGUCACAGAAGAGCAAUGGGAUGUUUCUUCAUACCAUAAUAGAGACAUGGUUAUGAAGGAGCCCUUAGCUUUGGAGGACAUUGCUCGACGAUCAGGGACAUAUGUUUCAUCAAAGGAUGAUCAAACACUGAUUAUUGCUGGUCGAUCAGAAAGGAGCAUGGAAGAAGCCAAGCGAUUAUUUGAUAUCAAGCUGAACGAAUCAACAUGCCAUGUUGAGUCUUUGACAUUCACGCGUCAGGAGAAUGAGCUAAAUCCUUUGGGGAUGUUCCCGGUUUAUGAUUCAGUUACUAUGACUGCAGAUGAGAACCAAAAAGCAUACUUCCGCAUUUGCCAAGUCGAACCUUAUGCAGAUAAAACUAUGGACAACCAUACCAUCUAUCCUGUUCAGUCUUCGCCGUCCAACAUCAACACGCUUCAGGAACUCAAGGAGCAUUUGCAAAGCAAUGUGAAUGAGGCACAAACAGCAACCCAAAAAUUUGAACUAUCAUCACAUUUCGGCCAGGUACUCUUUCAAAACAAGGAAAGGAAAAUGACUUGCCUUCCGCUUUCAAAAUCCUUUGAUAUGCUGAUGCUAGAAGAGUGGCUAAAGGAUGCUGAAGCCCCUUAUUUCUUUGAAAGCUGUAGCAAAGUUACCAUUAGUGUCACCAAAGACUAGGACUAUCGAGGCAGAAUACAUCCUAUCAUCAUGUUUUGCACAGUCUUCUUUAAACUCACUG